GUAGGAAUUUCCGGUUACGUCAGAGCGUCAGCACUCCAUUAGAGCUGCAGCUGUUUUGAGGGAAACAACAACAAAAACGGGCUAACUGACAGCGCUCCCACAGUGACAGUCCGCUCUGAGCCCGACAACGAGGCCUCAAAUCUGGAAGCUUAACCUUCAUUUCCCACCCGGAGCUCCGCCGGCUUCUAACCACGGCCGCUCUCGGUGAGGAAACUCUGGCCUCCGCUUCCUCCUCCUCCGACUCGGACACCGGCGGAGCGUCGCCGCCCCCGCGGAAGAAGCACCGAGCCUCGGCGGCGGAGGGAGCAGGAGAGCCCGGGGCUUCAGCAGUUGUAACAGGCCUCUCCGGAAUUGUCUUAGGACUUGCUACUCAUUCUCCACACUCUCAAGCCACCUCAGCCAUCCACUUUAACCGAAGUGUUGUCAAUAACCUCAGCAGCAGUAUGCAGUCAAACGGUGCAGGACAGGGACAGGAAUCUACAGAUCUCUCCUGCCUAAACAGCGCACAAAACGGGGAGUCAUCGACGGCUGGUGGAACCCACUCCAAUGGGCUCCUCUCCAGCACAGACAACGGGAAUGGUGUCGGUACCAGUAAUGGGUCUGCAACCGGGCCUGGUUCGGGGACUUCGGCGGCCCCUACGGCUUCGGGCUCGGAGGUCGGUUCUCUGAAAAAGAAAAAACGACUAUCGCAAGCGGAGGAAGAUGUCAUCCGAUUAAUAGGGCAACAUCUCCACGGACUAGGGCUGAAUCAGACAGUGGACCUGCUGAUGCAGGAAUCGGGCUGCAGACUGGAACACUCCUCAGCUACCAAGUUCCGCAACCACGUCAUGGAGGGGGAGUGGGACAAGGCUGAGAAUGAUCUCAAUGAGCUGAGAGCACUGAUGCAUUCUCCCAAUGCCAUUGUGCGUAUGAAGUUCCUGCUGCUACAACAGAAGUACCUAGAAUAUCUGGAGGAUGGUAAAGUCCUGGAGGCUCUGCAGGUGCUCCGGGGAGAGCUGACACCCCUCAAGUACAACACAGAUCGCAUCCAUGUACUUAGCGGGUACCUAAUGUGCAGCCAUGCUGAGGACCUGAAGGCUAAGGCAGAGUGGGAGGGCAAGGGCACCGCCUCACGCUGCCGACUGCUGGACAAACUACAGACGUACCUGCCACCUUCUGUGAUGCUGCCCCCUCGGAGGAUGCAGACACUGCUGCGGCAAGCUGUGGAGCUGCAGAGGGACCGUUGCCUCUAUCACAACACCAAGCUGGACAGCAGUCUGGACUCGGUCUCUCUCCUCCUCGAUCAUGUCUGCAGCAGGUCUGUACUGCAUAGCCCUCACUGGAAGCAGUUCCCCUGUUACACCCAACAGAUUCUCACAGAGCACUGUAACGAGGUGUGGUUCUGCAAAUUCUCAAAUGACGGCACCAAACUAGCCACUGGCUCCAAAGACACUACGGUCAUAAUUUGGCAAGUGGACCCGGAGACCCACCAGUUAAAGCUGCUGCGGACCCUUGAGGGUCACGCGUACGGCGUCUCCUACUUAGCCUGGAGUCCGGACGACAUGUACCUGAUCGCCUGUGGACCUGACGACUGCUCCGAGCUGUGGCUCUGGAACGUUCAGACGGGGGAGCUGCGGACCAAAAUGUCCCAGUCCCAUGAAGACAGUCUGACCAGUGUGGCGUGGAACCCCGACGGCAAGCGCUUCGUCACCGGAGGGCAGAGGGGGCAGUUUUAUCAGUGUGACCUGGACGGUAACUUGCUGGACUCCUGGGAGGGCGUCAGAGUGCAGUGCUUGUGGUGCCUGGGCGACGGCAGAGCAGUGCUGGCCUCCGACACACACCAACGUAUCCGGGGGUACAACUUUGAGGACCUUACAGACAGAAACAUAGUCCAGGAGGACCACCCUAUCAUGUCUUUUACUGUUUCAAAGAACGGAAGAUUAGCUUUGUUAAAUGUAGCAACUCAGGGAGUGCACCUGUGGGACCUUCAGGACCGGGUGCUGGUGAGAAAAUACCAAGGUGUGACCCAGGGCUUCUACACUAUCCACUCCUGCUUUGGAGGACACAACGAAGACUUCAUUGCCAGUGGCAGCGAAGACCACAAAGUGUACAUCUGGCACCGACGGGGUGAACUUCCCAUCGCUGAGCUAACAGGUCACACGCGCACCGUUAACUGUGUGAGCUGGAACCCGGUCAUCCCGGGGCUCUUGGCGUCCGCCUCUGAUGACGGCACAGUGCGCGUCUGGGGCCCUGCGCCCUUCCUCGACUCACAAGAGGCGGACGGGCUCAACGAAAACUGCAGUAACAUGGACAGUUGAUGGUCACUUACGGAGCAGAUGACGUCACUCUCUGAUCGCAAUCCAAGAACCCAACAAUGAAAAGAAAUCGGGCAAAUAAAAUCCAACACCAAACUGAAGAAAGAGGAGAAUAACAAACAAGAAAAAAACACCCAAGAGAAAAAAAAGGAAAACAGAAGCGAGAAAAAUGUGUCUCCUGACUGGCCGUUGUCUCCCAA